AUGGCAACAGUUACCGUCGCCUCCAACACUAUGGCCGAUGAGUUGUGGCGUGAUUGCGCGGCCUGGCUAAUCCGCUGCAACAUCAUUCCUAAUGACCACCGUGCUAAUCAUCCGGAUUCGGAUAUCAAAGUUCUCGCCACCAUUCUCCGCGAUGGGGUGCUGCUGUGUAAUUUAGUCAAUCUGUUUGAUCCAUCGUCGUUCGACAGAAAAGAUUUCAAUAGGAAACCCCAGAUGGCUCACUUUCUUUGCAUACAAAACAUAAAACUUUUCCUGGAAGCAUGUAAAACAAACUUUGGGCUGAAGGAAUCUGAUUUAUUCGAACCAACGAUGUUAUACGACCUAACCAACUUUCAUCGGGUGCUCUUAACUCUCUCGAAAUUGUCUACAUGCAGAAAAGUGCAAACUACACACAAUAUACCUGGUUUCGCCCCGCACUCCGUACAGACCGAAAGAACCAGUUUAGACGAUGACAUCUAUAAGGAUUUACAUGCAAGCCAAAAUUUGUUGGAUUCGGAACUAGGAUGUGAUAAUAAAGAGGUCGUGUUAAUUAAUGGUUCCCUUCCUUGCUGUCAUCAAGAAAGUACGUUCUACGAUCAUUACAACGAAUUAACGAAUUAUCCGGAUUGUUGUGCGCACGACGAGGAAAAAAUUUACGAAGAUCUUUGCUAUGUAACAUUUUCGUCAACUUUGCCACAGUUAGCUUCAUCGACUAACAACUUAGAGCAACGUGAUUUCGUAAUCAAGGAAUUGCUCGAUACGGAGAAAAAUUAUCUGGAAGCUUUGAAUGCACUGAAAUACGUUUUCAUGCAGCCUCUCGAGAAACUACUCUCCAAAGAAGAUAUACGUGCAAUUUUUCCUUGCAUACGAGAGUUGGUAGAAAUUCAUAACAAAUUCCUAGAUCGGCUGCAUGAGGCUGUGUGUCCGGGUUCCAAGCUCAAGCUCAGCACAACGUUUCUGGAAUUCAGAGAACCAUUUUUAAUUUACGGCGAAUACUGUUCUAGUAUGACCAGCGCGGUCGAAACAUUACGAGAAGUGUGUAAAAAAUCGAACACUGUCGAGCAGACCGUUUUGCAAAGCCAAAAAGAACAUAGCGAUGGAAGAUUGCAGCUACGAGAUAUAUUGUCUGUUCCGAUGCAACGAAUUUUAAAGUAUCAUUUAUUGUUAGAUAAACUUGUACAAGAAACAGUGCCAACACAUGACGAUUUUCGUGGAUUAGAAAGGGCCAAAGAAGCAAUGGUAGAUGUUGCACAGUAUUCUAAUGAAGUGAAGCGAGACUCGGAACAUCUUAUAGUAAUACAAAAAGUUAAGGAAAGCAUUUCAGAUCUGAACCUACCAAACGGUAACAAUCUCGAACAGUACGGUCGAUUACUUCUCGAUGGGGAUCUUAAUAUAAAAGCACACGAAGAUCAAAAAAUGAAACAUCGGUAUGCUUUCGUGUUCGAAAAAGUAAUGAUACUGGUAAAAAAUUCUAAUACCAAGAUUGGGGAAGCCCAAUAUUCUUUCCGCGAAGCACACAAUUUGCUCGAUUAUAGGAUAGAGAUAUUAAAUUCUCGUCGUACUUUGGGUCGUGAUGGGCGAUUAAAAUAUUCACUAUUAUUAGCACGCAAAACUCAAGCGACUGCUUUUACACUCUAUAUGAAAACUGAAGAAGAGCGCGAAAAAUGGAAAAGAGCUUUCGAAACAGCAAUGGAAACAUUAGAACCCGUGGGAUGUAAGAAUACGGAUCACAAAUUUUUAAUACACACCUUUGAUACGCCAGUCAUCUGUCGCCAUUGCUCCAAGUUCCUGAAAGGAAAAAUACACCAAGGUUAUCGUUGCAAGGUAUGUGAAAUAAUAGUACACCGAGGAUGCAUUUCAUCAACUGGUCGAUGCAAACAACUGCAACAAACACCGCCCCCGGUAUGUGAUCGUUUGCUUUCGGAAUUCAAUUGGUUUGUGGGUACUAUGAAUCGGGAUUCUGCUACCCAGCGGCUAGAAAAUAAAAAGAUUGGAACCUAUCUGCUACGCGUCCGUCCGCAAGGUGCCUCCCAUGAAAGCGAAACCAUAUAUGCGCUUAGUCUGAAGACCGACAAGAAAAUAAUUAAACACAUGAAAAUUUAUCAGAAGAAAGAACCCCAAAACGUGUUUUAUUAUCUAUCGACAAGGAGAUAUUUCAAAACCAUAAUAGAGCUUGUUUCAUUUUACGAACGAAAUGACUUGGGAGAAAACUUUGCUGGCUUGAAUCAACUACUGCAAUGGCCUUUCAAAGAAGAGAUUGUAAUUGCAAUUUAUGAUUUUGCCCCCAAUGAGCUGAACCAGUUACCGAUGCGACAAGGUUGUCAGGUAAUUGUAAUCGGUAAAGAAGGAGACAGCAAAGGUUGGUGGCGUGGCAAAACUUUAGAAAAGGUUGGAUUUUUCCCCAAAGAAUAUGUACGGCCAGCAGUAAUCGGUGAGGUAUAG